AUGACAACACCGGUGAACGAGGUACCUGAACCCUCAUAUCCGGCGGCCGAAAGAAGGCGAAGAUCAGAUAGUGAUUCGUCCCCGACCGUCGAUGGAAACGCCUACGUCCAUGAUGAAUCUCAACCUCAUGAUGGAGCUUACGCAGGAGCUCAAUAUGGUUCUCACCUCCAAGUUGAUACCACUUUCCAAGACUUUGACAAAACAAGUCGUUCUCCAUCCGCAGCGCGGGAACAAGCCAUGCGACUUGAAGAUGAUUUAGCAGUACUUGAAGCUGAACGGGUUGCUUCGCGUUCCACUCAUGGAACCGAGAAGGAUGCUCGAAGCGGUGAUGUGCACUCUUUAACCCGCUCCCGUUCGCGGAGAGCAGAAGACGUUGAUGAAUUUGACGAGGCUACGAAUCCAUUGCACGAGAAGGCUGCUGUCUAUAACCCACCCGAAAAUCCCUCCACGGGCGUUUCCAAAUUUAUCAAGAGGGUCCACGAAUCCAGCUUUAUCGUGCGUUAUUUUACUUACAUCGUGCCUCUUGUUUUGAUACUACUCAUUCCUCUGCUGGUUGGUGCGCUGGCUUACCCAGAUGCAAGCGUGGGUGGUGUCGAGCUGCUGUGGUUCUCGGUCUGGUUGGAAAUCGUUUGGUUGACACUCUGGGCUGGACGAAUUGUAGCUAAACUUCUACCUACCCCGGUCAACAUUUUUGCCAGUAUCUUCACGAACAACUCAAAGAAAUGGCGCGAUGUUGCGAAGCAGUUGGAGCUUCCUGUUACGCUAUUCCUUUGGUGGCUGGGUGUGGAGAUUUCCUUCUUGCCGACCAUGAAAAAUCACCAUGUCGACGGUAAUAGUCGCACUCGAGACUGGGAGAACACUCUCAAUAAGAUCAUCAUCUCAGUCUUCGUGUGGACAAUCCUAAACCUCAUUGAGAAGUUCUUGCUUCAGCUCAUUGCCAUGAGCUUCCACCGGCGUACGUAUUCGGACCGAAUCGAGAUCAAUAAGUUCCAGAUUGGGAGUCUUACCAAAUUGUACGCCUUCUCCCGGAACAAGAUCGCUGAGACGGACGAAGCUUUUGAAGAGAAACAGGACAAAUCAGGAAGUGGCGCCAAAACUCCCUUGCGCUACGCGGGCAAGGCCAGGGGUCUUGCUCUCGGCGCCUUGAACAAAGUUGGGGACGUUGCCGGUGCCGUUGCGGCAGACUUCACUGGCCGAAAGGCUAAUAGCAGCAGCCAUCCUUCUCAAGUCGUUAUUGCUCUGUUGAGGACAACAGCUGGCUGUCAGACCCUAGCACGACGGCUUUACCGUACCUUUGUUCGUGAAGGUUUUGACACGGUGUUCCCUGGUGAUUUAAAAGAGGCCUUUGAUGAUAAUGAGGAGGCGGAAGCCGCCUUUAGCAUGUUCGACAAGGAUAUGAACGGCGACAUUUCCAUGGAGGAGCUGGAGGCAGUCUGUGUGGAGAUUGGUCGGGAACGCAAGGCCAUCACUGCAUCUCUUAAGGAUCUUGACUCGGUGGUUUCUAGGCUUGGCAAUGUCUUCGAGUUCUUUGUUGCCGUCAUCGCUAUCAUCGUAUUUUUGACCCUCAUCUCGACCUCCGCUGCCGGUGUCCUUACCUCAGCCGGCUCCAGUAUUCUUGCUCUGUCUUGGCUUUUUUCAGCCACUGCUCAGGAGUUCCUCCAGUCUGUCGUCUUCGUAUUUGUCAAGCAUCCUUUCGAUGUUGGUGACCGUGUUACCAUCUACGGUAACUCCGGUGAAGCUGGCCUGGGUGAUGAUUACUACGUCAAACAAAUCUCGCUUCUAUACACCGAAUUUAAGAAGAUGCAAGGUCACAUUGUCCAAGCGCCGAACAGCUAUCUGAAUACUUUAUUCGUUCUCAACCAGCGCAGAUCCGGAGCACUCGCGGAAGCUGUUCCCGUCGUUAUCAAGUACGGGACCACUCUAGAGCAGAUGGAUGCGCUUCGCCAGCGACUGCUCGAAUUUGUUCGGAGCGAACGUCGUGAAUUUCAGACGAAUAUCCUGACGGAGCUACGUGCAGUCACAGAGAACUUCUCCGUGACUCUUAACGUCGUUUUCUUCUACAAGUCCAACUGGCAAAAUGAAGGUUUACGUCUGCAACGUCGGAACAAGUUCAUUUGCAUGCUCAUGGUUGCUCUGCAAGAAAUUGGUAUUGAAGGACCUCGUAUGAACCUCCAGGGUGCCAGCGUUGAUAUUCCUUAUCACAUUGCUGGUUUUCCUCCUCCAUAUCAGGCUCGCGACGGCCCUCCAGUCAACGAUGACGGCGGUCAGCAUCCACCACAUACCCCAUCAAGUGGCGAUGACCAGCACCAUCAGCCGGGUCACAGCCCCUCAUACCGCCGUCCCUCAAUUCUGCGCAAGGGCAUGGUUGCUGCCAACGCCAGAGCUCGCGGCGUGUCUAUUUCGUCCAGAAAGCAUGUGGAUUUCUCGCUCGGUAUGCGAGACGUGGCCAGCAACGACAUUAUGGGCGACGUUUUUGAAGCACGGAGUCCUGCAGCCGAUUCUGCAGUGCGUCAGGUGAUUGCCGAACGCCGGAUCCAGGAGGAAGAGGCGGAGAGACAGAGCGUAGAGUCAUCUCGCCAACGAAACUCAGGCUCUCGCACCAACCUCACUGUGCCGACUUCUACCAACGAAGCCCGGCACUCGAUUGAUUCCCAGGGCGCAAGCAGUCUUUCGUCCAUCAGCCGCAAUCGAUUCUUCCGUCAUCGAUCCCACUCCCACAGCACCCGGCAGGAAGACUUGAUGGAGCAAGGCCGUUCUUCCGAGCAAGGUUCUUCCUCGGCUGCCGCUAUCCGCCCUAUUUCUCCUUCCUAUCAUCCUGACGAGAAAAAGCUAUGA